UUUGUGAAAUGACUCAGAAAAUUUUCAAAUUCAUUAGGAUUAAUAAUAACUUUUAUUUUUUUUAAAAUGAGUGUAUUUUAAUGCUUGUUAAGAUAUUAAAAACUAAAUCUUACAAUGGCAAAAGUUGAUUCGGAUAGUAGUUCUGAGGAAUAUUUUGAUGCUGAGGACACAACAAGACUAUCAAUAAGGUCAAGUCAAAGACCUUCAGUAACUGGAAACGACUAUACUUUAUCUAAGCCAGAGCCUGAAAUCCGAAUACAAACUACCGAAGAUGACAUAAUUAAUAAAACACCAACAACACGAAGUCCUAAUUUAUCCAUCAGACAUUCUAGUGAUCAACAUAUGUUUGUGGAACCAAAACCCUUGGGACUGUCUGGUAGACAACGCUUUCGUGAUCUUCGUAAUAGCAUGCAAAAUGAUGAAGAUGAAAAUCUUGGAAAUACGCUGACACCUGAUUCGCAGAAUAGUUCCUCGGAUGGAGUAUAUACGAACAGACCGACUCAUCCGUUUCGUAUAAUUGAAAAUGAUACGCUUAGUAUUCAAAGUAUGACUUCUUUAGGGAGAGUUGGUAAAAUUUUAGCUGGGAGUAUUGAUCCAUCAGGGUUAAGCAUUGAUCGGGAAUCCGCUCACAGUUCUCUAUUAGGAAAUUCGUUGAGUGUAACGCAAACAACAUCUUCAAAGCCAGUUACUGGUUCUAGUACUACGUCAAAUAUUGUAUCUGCGGUUCCUAAUUCUGAAAAAGAAAUAAUAUCUAACAAAGAUAGUAAUUUACAAUUAUUGAGUCAACAAAGCAAAAGUGUUAAAGAACAAAGUACGAUUAAAACUUCGCCAGAGGGCUCAAGUAAUAGUAGCAAUAGUGGUGUUUGUGAAAGUAUUUCAAACAGUAACAAUAAAAUUGUUUUACAAGAACCGGACGUAAUUGCAAGUACAAAGCUGGCACAUUCAAAAACAACCGAUAGCAUUACUUCAAGCGGUCCUAUAGCUCCACCAAGGAAGAAGAAAAAGCCAAGAAAAAUAUCUAGUAGCUCUUCAGAACAGUUUAACAUGAAUGAAGGUUUUAAGUUACCUCCCAUAGAGAAAGAUGAUAGGAUAUCGUUACAUAGUAUAAGCAUCAGUAAAAAAUGUGGGGAUCUUGUUAAAGAAUUAGAAAAGACUUGGUGUCAGGUGGCAGAAAACCAAUCAAAAGAAUUCCAAGCUUUACUUCAACAACAACCAUCCAGUUCAAAUGUUGGGAAUUUUGCUGUAACCACCACUACUUCUUCUACAACUAAUUGGCCUAAUUCUACUGCUGUUGUCGAGGUAAAUUCUUCAAUUGGUAGCGGCUCCAUAAAUCGAAUAUCUCACUCAUUGGGUAAUUCAUCAACUUCCGUAUAUUCAAAGCCGAGCCCUUCAAAUAGUGCAAAGAGUAAUUCAGCUCCCGGCCGAGUGCGAUAUUUUUCGAUCGACCCUACUCAAGGCCUUAAUUUAUAUAAAGUUAGUCAAGGGGUUUAUGUUGUUCAACCAAUGGAUGAUGUCGCUAACAAAGCUGAAGGUCCCUCUCAAGAAGAAAUUGAGCGUAUUGAAAAACUUUUGAAUGAAGACACUCCAAGACAAAAAUUAGCUGGCACUGGUUCAAAUAGCUUAGGAAGUGGGAGCAGAUACAAUUCGCAAAUAGUUCAGAAAGGAAGUUCAGCAAAUGAACAACGACGAAAAUCUGCUGGUGAUGAGGAUGUACUAAAGCAAAUGAAUAUUUACGUACGUACUAGAACAGACUCUGGCAAGCAAUUGACUGACAAGGAAAUAUUAGAUCAAGUUCCUGUAAAAAAUUUAGAUACCGGUGAAAAUAUGCCUUUAUCUUCCAUUCGACCUCCACCGACACCUGACGGUUGGAACCCCCUAUCUCUCCAUAUUCAUAAAUUGUACGGUCAUUUGCCGGUUAACCAAAAAGAAUCUGAUGAGGAAAGUAUAAUUGGAAUACCACCUAAUGUAGAAGUUCAGCCAGGCGAAGAGGAAGAACUGGAGACGGAAGAUAUAAAUGGUAGGUUAAAAAAAAGAACACAGAAAAUUAAGAGGUUCUUUGGAUCAACUGUGCGGAAAACAGUAGAUAAAGCAAAAUCUUUAGCUUCUGAAGUCUCUCACGCUAGACACAAGGAGGAUGUUGCUGAUAUAGUGGAUGUGGUAAAUCCUGAGUUAAAUAUCAAAAUUAAAGCUUCUAGCUCAAAUAAAGGACCCUAUGAAUUCGCUAAACUGCAACAUGUUCAAGAUCUCUCCGGCGAACAUACUGGUGCUGUUUGGUGCAUGAAAUUUAGUUCUUGUGCUCGUUUAUUGGCUACUGCUGGUCAGGAUAAGAUUCUACGUAUAUGGGUGCUUAAAGAUGCAUAUCCAUUUUUUCAGGAUAUGCGUACGAAAUACAGUACAGAUCAGAAGUCUUCUCCAACUCCGAGUCAAGAAUCUUUAGUAUCACAAUUAUCAAUAGAUUUGGAAGCUGCAAAUGCGAUGGCUGCAACUGCAGCUGAUAAAACAACAGGUCCUUUCAUGCCGAAAGCUUUUUGUUCAUAUAUUGGGCAUACGUCCGAUUUGUUAGAUGUUUCUUGGUCAAAAAAUUAUUUUAUUUUAUCGAGUUCAAUGGAUAAAACAGUGCGAUUGUGGCAUAUUUCACGCAAAGAAUGUUUAUGUUGUUUUCAACACAUCGAUUUUGUAACCGCGAUAGCAUUUCAUCCACGUGAUGAUCGUUAUUUUCUUAGUGGUAGUUUAGAUGGCAAACUUCGGCUGUGGAACAUUCCAGAUAAAAAAGUGGCGCUUUGGAAUGAAGUUGACGGUCAAAUAAAGCUAAUAACAGCAGCAAAUUUCUGUCAAAAUGGGCAAUUUGCUGUAGUUGGAACAUAUGACGGCCGUUGUAUUUUUUAUAAUACUGAUCAAUUAAAGUAUCACACACAAAUAAAUGUGCGUUCAACAAGGGGUAAAAAUCGUAUAGGCCGAAAAAUUAGUGGUAUUGAACCAAUGCCAGGUGAAGACAAAAUUUUAGUUACAUCUAAUGAUAGUAGAAUACGCUUAUAUGAUUUAAGAGAUUUAAAUUUGAGUUGCAAAUAUAAAGGUUAUUUAAAUGUUUCUUCUCAAAUAAAAGCAUCAUUUAGUCACGACGGUAAAUACAUUGUCGCUGGUUCUGAAAAUCAAUGUAUUUAUAUAUGGAAAACAAAUCAUGAUUGCGCUAAAUUAAGUUCGGUACGAAGAGAUCGAAGUGAUUUUUGGGAAGGUAUAAAAGCUCAUAAUGCCCAAGUUACCUGUUCUAUUUUCGCUCCUCAUCCGGAAGCUGUUAUAAAACCAGAACCAGAUGAUGAAAUUUCAAAUGAUAACCUUCCAAAUAUAAAAGCUGAUCCUCUAGUAGAGCAAAGGAAAAAAGGUUGUGGAUACGUACUAGUUAGUGCAGAUUUUAAUGGCGCUAUUAAAAUAUUUAUAAAUAAAACAAAACCUAAGCAUAGCAGUUUGCCAUAUACCGCAAUAGAAUAAAACACAAAUGUAAAGUUAAUUAAAAUUUACUUAUAUUAUUACGUCAUAUAUAUUAUAUACCAUAAAUUAUACUAUAAAAAUAAUAAUGAAAUAUUUUCAAAAAUACUGACUUAAAAAAAAAUUGAACAGUUGGAUUGUUCGAUCUAGUAUAAAUAUGUUAAUUAUCCUUUUUUGAUGUAAUUUUUAAGCCAUUAUGAAAAAAGGAAAGAUUAAAUAUUUUUUACUAAAAUUUCAAAUUUAAGUUUAUUCGAGUAUUCAUUAAGAGAUUAAUUAAAGAAUAACGAUUGUACACAUAUACAUGCAUAUAUAUAUUUAUAUGGCUAUAACUUCAUUUUUAUAUACAUAUAUAUUUAUAUGAAUGUAUGUAUGUUUACAUAGAUAUUUUUUUACAGCUUUGCGCACAUUUGUUUUUGUUUUGCAUGUUUUAUUAUAGUUUUUCGUUUGAUAUUUAAUUAAAAAAAAGGAAGAGAACGUUUUAUAAAUAGCAAUAUUAUUUACAUACAUCUAUGUUACUUUGUGAUCGUAUUUUUAUAACUUUUUUCAUUUUCUAAACAAAAGAGAAUUUUAUUGUAUGUACUUUUAAUUAUGUAAAUUUAUAAAAUUAAUUACUAUCAAAAUAAAAUAUAAUGUAAACGAUUUUUUACAAAAAAAAAAGGAGACGUUAGUUUAAUGAAUGUAAUUUAAUUAUAUAAUUCACAUUUUGUGAAUACUUUUGGAGGAUUGCAAAAUCUGUUGGUUAAAUUUUUCUUUUUGUAAAAUAUGUACAAUAAUUGUAUGUUGCAGAGCAAUAGUAUUCGUGACGUCCAAAAUGCAGUGAAAAAAGUUUUAUUACAGUUAAGCUGUAGUAUUAAUAUUUUUUUAUACAGUAUAAAUCUUUAAAACGGCUGUAUUGUAUUCUUGACUUUUUCACUACGCUGUUUGUUUAGACCAUUUUUGGCAAUUUGUAUAAUUUAAGCAAUUUAUACAUUGUGUAAAUUUUUUAUUCUAUAGUAUUGGGUCGCAGGUACAAUGUGGUGCUACAUUUAUACUGCGUUUUGGAUGUCAGGGAAUACGUAAAGCUAAAAUUUUAUUUCAUUCAAAUAUUAUAGAAAUAAUAUUUACGUGCAUAUGUACAUACUACUUAUAAAAAGAAAUAUUGCUUAACAUUGUUCCCCGUAUUUAAUUUUUAACAUUAUUACUUUAUUGAAUUGUUAAAAAUUAGAAGAAAUUACUGCAAAAUGAUAUCAAAUUUAUUUUAUCUUACCUCAAAUUUAAAUUAAAUUGUUAAAUUCAAAAGUGUAUAAAAUUGUUUUAUAAGAACUGUUCUAUUUCAGUUUAUUUUAUUUGUUUUUUUUUUAAGCACUAUUGAUAAACCAGACCAUAAUUUUUUGCAGAAAAUGCUUAUUACGAAAGAAAAUCCGAGUAGAAGAUUCUGAGAAUAUUUUAUCUAUGCUUAGUCCAGCAUAGUACCAUUUUGUUAAAUAUUAAAGAAAUUAAAUUACAUUUAUUGAAAUAAUAGUUUGAUUAAAACUUGAUUAUUAUACCUAAUUGUUUUACUAUUUAAAUUCACAAGAUUAAAUUAUUACAUCAUAAAUAGAAAAUUUUUAAUUUAUCAGUUUCUUUAAUUUUAUUUGAAUAUUUAUUUGAAAUUAUCUAUAUUUCCAAUAUAUCGAAAUUUUAAGAUAUUAAAAAUUU